CUUUGCGCUGGUGCAGCCUACACGUGAGACGGAAGCUGUUCCCAGCCAGCGGCGCGCGUGCGCCCUGACAGCCGAGCAGAGCGCUUUUUUUGCAAAGUGGCAGCUCCGGCUUCUCUCUCCAGACAUCAGUCUGAACCGCAGCUCCACCGGAGGACACACUCUGCGCACCAUCUCCCGCAUCCGCCCGAGUUUGAGCCGCACAGCAACAAAACACUUCCCCCUCCCCACCUCCACCAAAAAUAGAAAAGAGAAGCUCAGAGCCAGUUCAGCGUUUGCAGAGGAGGGAUGGAUGAAAGAAUACCGCACUUACAGGACAGGCAGUUCAUGGAGCACGCAGAUUUUCUCGGGAUGGAUUUCCCUCCGCUCUACAUGUGCAAAUCUAAACGAGGCAUAAAGCGUGAGGACGGCGGGAAGGACGCAUACAAGUUACCGCACCGGCUCAUAGAGAAGAAGAGGAGAGACAGAAUUAACGAAUGUAUUGGCCAGCUGAAGGAUCUGCUGCCCGAACAUCUGAAGCUCUCGACGCUCGGGCACUUGGAGAAAGCGGUGGUGCUGGAGUUAACGCUGAAGCAUCUGAACGCACUGACCGCUGUCACCGAGCAGCAGCACCAGAAGAUCAUCGCCUUGCAGAAUGGAGACCGCUCAAUGAGACCCCCCGUCCACGCUGAUCUGGAUGCGUUCCACUCAGGGUUCCAGACCUGCGCCAAAGAGGUCCUGCAGUACCUGAGCCAAGCUGAGAACUGGACCGCCAGAGAAAAGAAAUGCGCGCAGCUGAUCAACCAUCUCCACAAGGUGCUGGCGCAGUUCCAGCCCGACGCACCGCGGGUCCAGCAUCAGCUGCCCGCCGGAGACACGCAGGACGCGCACAAGUCCGACGUUCAAGCCAACUGCGUCCCGGUCAUCCAGAGGACCCAGGGCGGGGAGCUUAACGAGAACGAUACAGACACAGACAGUGGAUAUGGUGGGGAGGCGGAAAAGAGCGACAGGAAAGACAAAGAGUGUGAGCGCAACAAAGCGGUGAAGAUCAAGCAAGAGUUUGGAGAUAACAGAGCGGCCAAAAAAACUAAGAUGUGCUGGUCUGGGAACGGGGAUCCGUCCAGACCAGAUGUGGCGUUUAUGAACUCUCUGAUGGGAAUAAGCAGUGUGGGACAGCAGACACCGAUUUGCAUGCCUUUCUACUUCAUCAACCCGUCAGCUGCGGCGUCCUAUAUGCCUUUUUUCGACAAAAGCAACAUUGAAAAGUACAUGUACCCCGCGGCGGCCGCCCUUGCGUCCCCGUUCCCCUGGCUGUACCCUGCACAUGCGUCAGCAGCGGCGGCCGCGGCAGCUGCUGCCGCUUUUCCCGGCCUGUCUGCUCACUUUGGAGCCAAUGCUCAUCCGAAAGACUCCCAGCUUCAGGACGACAGCGGGUCACGCGAGACCGAGGCGAGCUCACCUGAGGAGCGCGAGGAAACUCCCGCGAGUGACAACGAAGAGGGUGACGUAGAUGACGCGUCCCCAGACAGCAACAACAGCCCACAGGAGCAGUUUUUUGCAUGUCAGAAGAGCUAAUAAGUCUGUGUACCUCUCUGAUUUUCUGUAUUUGCAUAUUUUGUUAUUUAGCCUAGUUUUAAAACGAGGAGGUUGUCAUGUGUACAAUAUCUUGUGGCAGCAGGGGACAAGAGUAUGGAAGCCCAUUUCUGCCAUUUGAAAGUAUAAAAUGGAACACGUUUUGACAUAAAUAUGAGAUGAAACGUCAUAGUUAAGAGUGCGAAAUAUUCACACUUCAGACUUUGAUAUAUCUUACUUAUGGUUUUCAUUUCAAUAAACAUACCAUACAAAGUCAUAAUUAUAACUUAAAGUAAUAAUUUUAACAUUUGUAGUCACAAUUUUGAUGUUUCAAGUCCACCUUUUCACUGCGAGUGUUAUAACUUUCUGUGUUAUGUUUAUGAAAUGCAAAGUUAACCUAUUGACUUUGAAAUUCAUAAUUAUGAGACAAACUCAUAAUUUGGACUUUCAAAGUAACAAAUAUAACUUUCAGUCUUAUAAAUAUAAAAGACAGACAUAAUUUACACUUUCAAAGUUGAAAUUAUGAAUUGCUAAGUUAAACCUUUGAUUUUAGAAGUUCUAAUUAUAAAACAAAUUUGUAGUUUUGAGUUUUAAGGUCAUAAUUAUAACCUUUUAAUGUAUAAUUUUACUAAGGAAUCUGAAUGUUGAUUUUGAAAGUCACAAAUAUAUUUAAAGUAAAAAUUUUAACUGAGUUCCAAUAUUAUGAUAUAGUCAUAAUUUUGACUUUAAAGUUCUAAUUUUGAUUUAAAAGUUAUAGUUAUGAAAUCUGUUCAUGAUUUUGAUUUGUGACAUACAAAAUCCAAAUUUCUGAAUUUCAGUGAUAAUUUCUUGUUUCAAAAUCAUAACAGACAUAACAUGACAAUAACAGUUAAAAUUACGACUUUGACAGUAAAGUGAUGACUUUCAUAAUUAAAAUGAUGACUCUGAAACUCUCAACCAUGGCCAAAAUCACAAUUAUGACCAUAUCUCAUUUUUCUAAAAGUGGCGGGACUGGGCUUCCAUACAGUGUUAUUUUGUGUGCCUUUUGCACUUCUGCUUGUUUUAAACAAUCUGAAUGACUAUCGACAAUGAUUGACACUUCACAGCUGUGUUGUGCUGCAGUUACUUUUUUUUUUUUUUUUUUUUUUUAAUCCUCUUUGAUAAAAUAUGUUGAUGCCAAAACUCUAAGAAACCAACACAGCAGUGUGCAAUGUCCCAACCAAUGAUAUCCCUCAUAUGUGCAUGGGUGCUUUCAGAAAGUUUUGA